AUGCACACCUGGGACCAAGUGCAAGCGCUCGUGCAAUCUGGUGAGCUGCAAUGCCUGCAGCGCACGCCGGAAAUGACGGAAAAAUAUCGACGCUACAAAGCGCAGCUCGAGGCUGAGGGCACCACCAUCGUGGACGUGAUCGUGGAACGCAGGCUGGAAUGGUCGCGCAGCGAGCUCAGCGAGCUCGCUGCGCGCUACGUAACCGUCGAGCAACGUACGAACGCCAUGCUGUCCGCACCAGAGCUCUUCAAGCUGCUGCCCAAUGACUUUGCGUACGAUCUCGCGCCGGGGCUGUACCACCUUGUUGUCUGGAGCAAGAUCGCGAUCCCGUUGUACGUAUCGCACGCGUCGCGCGAGCAGCGGCCGCACGUGCACGACAAGAUCGAGCGGUUUGUGAAGACGAACCUGGCGCGGUUCGGCGUGCACGACUACGUGUGGUUCAUCAACUACCCGCACUUGCAGAGCGUCAAGAGCGUGUCUCACGUGCACGUGAUGCUACGUGCGGAGUCGUCCGAGGUCAUCGAGCGGAUGUUGCGCGAGCAACUGGUGCCGUGCGGCGAGGACCAUGCAAACGGCGCUGGGGCCCGUCGAGUGCAGGCCGAUGGCCUGGCAGCGCAAGCGUAG